AUGUUCUUUCUAUUCUUCCUUUUUCCUUCCGCCUCUUCAUCCAUUUUACUCCCUGUCUUCAUCUUACUUUCUUUUGUUUGUUUGUUUCCUUCCUCCUUCCUUCCUUCCUUCCUUCCUUCCUUCCUUUUCUUUGUGUUGAUCCAUUCCUUGCAUGCUUUUUUUCAACAACUUUCAUUUUCUUUCUUCUUCCAUCCACAUUGCCAUUUUUUCCUUCUUUCCACUCAUUUUACUCUCUUCUUUCCUUUCUUCCUUCCUUCAUUACCAAUAUCCUUCCUUCAUUCCUUCCUUCAUUCAUUCCUUCAUUCCUUCCUUCCUUCAUUCCUUCCUUCAUUCAUUCCUUCCUUCCUUCUUUCCUUCCUUCCUUCCUUCAUUGAUUCCUUCCUUCAUUCCUUCGUUCAUUCAUUUCAUUCCUUCCUUCAUUCCUUCCUUCAUUUUCCUUCCUUCAUUCCUUCGUUCAUUCAUUCCUUCAUUCCUUCCUUCCUUCCUUCAUUCCUUCAUUCCUUCGUUCAUUCAUUCCUUCCUUCAUUCCUUCCUUCAUUCCUUCCUUCCUUCUUUCCUUCCUUCCUUCAUUGA